AUGUCAUGUGCAUUUCACAUGCAACUUUUGAAGAAUAUUUUUGGUAUUUUAAAAUUAUUUAUGCAUCCAAACACAAUUAUCCUUUAUAUGUAUACAUUAAACAUGAACCCAAACACCCACCUUCUUCUUCUUUUCUUUUUUCUCUUCUUGCUUCCUUACACACAAACAUCCUUUUCUCUCCCUCACGCACGCAGACAUCAUUAUCUCUCUCGUUCUGCAUCUCCACCCCCUAAACCCAACACAAAGCUACAACAUCCAACUGGAGAUACUUCUGAGUUCUUUGAUGGAGAGAUUAUUGAUAGGGUUUAG